CUUUGUUGAGGCGCUAACCGGAAGAAGAAGACAGCCAAGCAGGCACACGUCGGGCGGCAACUUCUCUUCUGCCUACGCACCGCGAAUGGCCCAGUUACUCCCACCAACUCAACACUUUUUUAUGGACUUCUCCGCUUACUUUCGACAGGCGUUUUUCAUCCCUUCAAUUUGACAAGGAUGAUGAAGGGACGCAAAGAUGCUCCUUCAGACUGGGGCUGCUUGUCUGGGAUUUGUUUCUUCAUCCUGGGUCUGGGAACGCUGCUGCCAUGGAAUUUCUUCAUGACCGCCAUAUUGUAUUUUGAAGACCGCCUGAACACAACGGCUGCACAAAAUGUGACGAGCAACAGCACAAUGGGACCCCCCAAAGAUUACUACUUUAACAGUUUGAUGACCCUGCUGUCCCAGUUGCCCCUGCUGCUCUUCACCUUGCUCAAUUCCAUCCUCUACCAGAGGAUAUCCGAGGCCAUGCGUGUAGGGGGCAGCCUUGUUUUCAUCCUGCUGCUCUUUAUACUAACCACUGUGCUGGUGAAGGUGCCCAUGGAUACUGACCGCUUCUUCUCCAUCACCAUGGCUACCAUUUGGUUCAUCAACUCAUUUGGUGCCGUGCUGCAGGGAAGUCUCUUUGGCCUGGUGGGCAUGUUUCCCCAAAAGUACAGUGCCAUCUUCAUGAGUGGCCAAGGCCUCGCUGGUACUUUUGCCGCCACUGCCAUGCUGUUAUCCAUUGCCCGUGACGUGGAUAUGACUUCUAUGGCUUUGGGGUACUUUGUCACACCAUGUCUGGGUACACUGCUCACUCUCCUCUGCUACCUCCUCCUGCGCCGCCUGGAGUUUGCUCAGUAUUACCUGAACAAGCACGCCAAAUAUGAAGCCGGAACCACAGACGAGCUGUUGACAGCUGAGAGUGCCGCAGUGGACAACGGCAGGCUCAACCACCACGCCAACGGUUCAGUGACCAACAGCCCCAACAAAGAUGUCGCCCUGCAGGAGGGUGACGUGGACACAACCAAGCAGGUCUUUGUCGCUGUGGAGCAGGUGAAGAAAAGCCAAGUCAAAGCUUCUGUUAUUGAGGUCUUCAAGAAGAUUUGGGUCAUGGCGUUUUGUGUGACAUUUGUGUUCACUGUCACUCUAUCGGUCUUUCCCGCCAUCACUGCUAAUGUCAAGACGAGGAACCCAGGAGGAAAAUGGGAACGCUACUUUAUUUGUGUGUGCUGCUUCCUGACCUUUAACCUCAACGACUGGCUUGGCCGCACCAUCACCACAUGGGUGCGCUGGCCUCGCAAAGAGUCCCGUAUCUUCCCACUGCUGGUGGUUUCUCGUGUGGUCUUCAUCCCACUGUUGAUGCUCUGCAACGUACAGAUGCAAGACCCAAGACAUCUGCCUGUCCUCUUUGACCAUGACGCCGCUUUCACCGCCAUAAUGGCGGUCUUCUCCAUCUCCAGCGGUUACUUUGUGUGUCUGUCUAUGUCCUACGCGCCACAGAUAGUGGAGGCCAAGGAUGCAGAGACCGCUGGAGCCCUGAUGACCUUCUUCUUGGCUUUGGGUCUUUCCAUUGGUGCCUUGCUGUCCUUUCUGCUUCGCGCUGCAGUGUAGUCUCUCAACACGCAUACUCACGCCCGACUACUGCUAGUAAUACUAAGGAACGUCAUGUAUGCUAUUCCACAGGUUUGUUUGCUUAUUUACAGCGGCAAGAAAAAGUAUGUGAACCCUUUGGGAUUUCUUGCAUUUCUGCAUAUUUGGCAUAACAUGUGGUCUGAUCUUCAUGUAAGUCACCACAAUAGAUAAACAACUUCUGUUGUAACUUAUAGGGCACAAAAUUGUAUAUUUUCAUCAAAACUCACAGUACAGCAUGGAAAAAGUAUGUGAAGCCCUCGGUCAAUGACUUCUACAAGAGCUCAUUUGAGUCAGGUGACAUCCAACAUGGAGUUCAAUUUGUGUGUGGAGUUUGCAGGAGUCUUAUCAAGCUGCCCUGCCCUUUUUAAAAACUCACACUAGUUUAGAAAUGGCUUCUCAGAAGAAGCAUUGAUGGGAACCAUGCCCCGCACCAAAGAGCUCUCUGAAGACCUGUGAGCAAGAAUUGUUGAGCAACUAAGGCGGGUAGGGGAUACAAAAGUAUCUCUAAAAGCCUUGAUGUUCAUGUCUCAACAGUUAGACAGAUCAUCUCCAAAUGGAGGGAGUUCAAGACACUUGCCACUCUCUCCAGGCGUGGUCGUCCUGCAAAGAUGACCGCAAGAGCGCAGAAUGGUCAGUGAGGUGAGAAGAACUCCUCGAGCAUCAGCCAAAGACUUACAGCAAACAUUUCUGUUCAUACCUCCACAAUACGUCAAAGUUUGAACAAGAAUGGAGUUCAUGGGAGGACACCACGGAGGAAACCUCUGCUGACAAAAAAGAACAUUGCUGCACGUCUCGAGUUUGCAAAAGGCCACCUUGAUGUUUCACAGAAGUUCUGGGACAACAUUGUUUGGACUGAUGAAACAAAAAUGGAGUUACUUGGAAGGAAAACACAACGCUAUGUAUGGAGGAAAAAGUGGCACAGCACACCAGCAUCAGAACAUCAUCCCAACUAUGAAAGAUGGUGGAUGGAGCAUCAUGGUUUGGGACUGUUUUGCAGCCUCAGGGCCUGGACGGAUUACUGUCCAUCAAUGGAAAAAUGAAUUCCAAAAUGUACCAAGACAUUUUGCAGAAGACCAUCGCUCAAACGAGGAUGGGUGAUUCAACAAGACGACAACCCCAAACAUAAAUAAACAAAAGAAAAUCAACAAAAGAAUGGAUCAAACAGAAGAAAUGACGCCUUCUGGAGUGGCCAAGUCAGAGUCCGGACCUCAACCCCAUUGAGAUGCUGUGGCAUGACCUCAAGAGAGCCGUACACACCAGACAACCAAAAAAUAAAAAAAUAUAUAUUUUUGUGUAUUACUUCAGAAGAACGUACAAUUGUAUUGUUGUGACUUAAUUUAAACAUUUAUUUUAUGACCAAUUUAUGCAGAAAUUCAAGAAAGCCCAAAGUGUUCACAUAUACUUUUUCUUGCCACUGUAUUUGCGCUUACUUUGUUAGUCCUGCAUUUGUAGCGUGAAUGUCGUUUCCUACAUCUGUAGUGUUUUGCUUUUGUCUUGCUUUUUAGCGGAUAUGGGUUUUAGUUUACUUGAAAUUGAGGAAACUCAAUCAGCCAUGUCAUCAAAACGACCAAUUACCGACUUAAAGGCUUACGCUGCCCUCUAGUGGUCACAAAGACUUAUUCGCUCAUCUUGACCGUGAUGAGAGCCCAGGUACCUGCAGGGCGCUAUCAGAAAUUCUUUAGUUUUUGUACUUCAAAUACUUAAAAAAAAAACCAACUUACACUUAAAUUUGGUAUUAAAUUAUGCAAACUGAACAGUGAUUAUGAGUAGACAAAGUGAAGCUUAAAUCCCAACGCAAGACUCGAGGAUAUGCAGGACAAUUACUUAUCGACUAUCAAUGCUAGUAGAAAUGUAUCAAAAUCUGACCAUGCAUUUUGUUUUUUUGAUUGACCAAUAGGUUUUUAAAUGAACCAGUUCUUCAUGUUCAAGUGUGCAGGAGUAGGAUGUACUAAGGUGGGCCUCAUAACAUUUCUUGGCAGCCUGUAAUAGGAUAAUUAUUAGUACUGCAGUUGGGACACUCAUAGCGGUACCACAUCCCAAACGCUUUCUGCUCAAAGCAUGCAUGCCACCAACACACAGGAAAAGCUGAUGUUGAGCUUCUCCGCCAUUAUUCUCACUCCCCCUUUGGAACUGAAUGACAAAUCUUUUUUUAAAUACUGUUCUCUGAAACUACUAUUGCUAACAUAUGCUAGCCCAGGGGUGGGCAAACUACGGCCCGGGGGCCACAUCCGGCCCGCCAAGUGUUUGAAUAUGGCCCGCCUGUUCUUUCCAAAAUAUUUCAUUUAAACUCAACAUACAACCUGGCAUCAUGGCUUGAGACAACCUUUUGAUGGUUGAAGUAGCUGUUUUAUCAAUUUAGUAAUAAUAAUAAUAAUUCAUUCAUUUUCUACCAUUUAUCCUCCGAGGGUUGCGGGGGUGCUGAGCCUAUCCCAGCUUCUUGGGGCGAGAGGCAGGGUACACCUGGACUGGUCGUAAUAAUAAUGCACUUUACAUCAAAUAAAUGAUCUCAAAGUGCACGUAUAGCAGACUGCAUGACACUUUUAUGUGUAAAAAUAUAUGUGUACAAAUGGACUGUCACGUGUAAAAUACUAUAUCCCCCCCCCCCCCCCCCCCCCCCCCCCCCGUCAAUUUUAUUACAUCAAUGCGGCCCGCGAGUCAAAAAGUUUUCCCACCCCUGUGCUAGCCAGUAGUGAUAUAUUUUUUUAGCAAAAAUAAAAAGUUUUAUUUGGACUCUAGGAGGGAUAGCACUUUUAGUAAAAAAAUAUCCAGAGACUUGCAAUGCAACCGUAUUGGUCAAUGUGCAUUUUUGUUGAACAUGUUUAAAUGUACUAGACAUUUGGCUUGAAAAGCUGCAAAAUAAAAGUUUUUUUU